AGCGCGCACACGCCUGCCUGACGUCCUGCUCGACGCCCAGGAAGACAAACGGCGCACAUCUAUCUCCAUAAGUUUUAAAAAUGACGAUCUUUUUUGUGUUUUAACGUUUGUUGACGUGCAUGCGUCGUGCACGUGUCGUUCUGGUGGUAUUAAAGUAAUAAUGCUGGAUGGUCGGACUGAUGAAGUUCAGUUUGGAUUUCUGCCGGUUACUGGGGCUCAGCGGCUCCAGUGAUGAGAGGCCGGAGGACAUGGACACAGGUGCUGAAAAGAAUGAAGACACGGUCUUGCAGGAUGUGUUAACAGGUGAAGAGGGUCUCAGCGAAGAAGAAAAGGCUAAAAGGAAAGCUGAAAGGCGUAAAGCCAAGAGGAAGCGCCAGCGACAGAGGAAGAAACUUGAACGUGGUAAGAAGGAUGAAUGUACCGAGCAGGGGGAGGAGCUUGUCGAGGCCGAUUCUGAGCUCGAAGAGUCUGAAGAGUCUGAAUCUGAGGAAGCCGAGGAGAUCAACCUUUCAAAAGUGGAAGAGGAGCCGGUUGCACCUCAAAAUGAAACUCCUGCCGGGGCUCCACUGGGUUUGGGGAACAAAACUAAUCGUCAGCUGCCGACCCGCUCCGUUGAAGAGGACCCAGGAUGGGAUGUAAGCAGUGCUUUUGUUGCUAAUGCAGUCAGUCACAUUCGGCCCAAAGCCAAAAGUAAAGGAGGUCACAAGUCGAAAGAGAACAAAGAGAACGAGAGCAGAACUGGAGAGGUUAUUGGCUUAUCAGAUGCUUUAAGUAAAAAAAGUGCUUUACUAGUAGAAAAAGGGAUCAGAUUAGUUCAGGAGGGUCAGUACACACAAGCUGUCAGUCUGUUUACCGAAGCCAUCAAAUGUGACCCAAAGGAUUACAGGUUUUUUGGAAAUCGCUCCUACUGUUACUGUUGUCUGGAGCAUUACUCGUUGGCGCUAGCGGAUGCUGAGAAGUCCAUCCAGAUGGCUCCUGAUUGGCCCAAAGGCUAUUACCGUAGAGGAAGUGCACUCAUGGGACUUACGAGAUACAGUGAAGCUGAGAAAGCUAUGGAGCAGGUGCUGAAGCUAGACGGAGACUGCGAAGAAGCUGCCAAUGACCUCUUAUACUGUAAAGUGCAACAACUUAUGGAUCUUGGAUAUGAUGAGGAGCAGAGUAUUGAAUUGCUGGACAAAUACAACACUGUGCAGGCUGUUGUUACAGCCAGGGCAUUAAAUCAAGACUGUGCCCUUCUCCAUCCAGGGCUCAUCUCUGUCUCUUAUAACAUCUCUCUUCCGGGAAGUCCUUGCAAUUCCCUGUGGGUGGGAAACGUGACUACAGAACUGACAGAGAAGCAUCUGCGGGACCUUUUCAAACUUCACGGAGAAAUCGAGAGCAUUCGGGUUCUGCAUGAACGCUUUUGUGCAUUCGUUAACUUCAAGAACGCUAACAUGGCCUCCCGUGCGAUGGAGAAACUCAACGGCUUUCUCAUUGAGAACACUCGCCUGGUGGUCCGAUAUCCUGAUCGACGGAUUCAGAGAGUCAUGCCGACACCUGCCAUUCAACAACCUGCAGGGGCUGCUGGGCCUAGACGCAGAGGUCCUGUCAACGGGGACGAGUGUUACUUCUGGAGGACCACCGGCUGUCAUUUUGAAGAUAGGUGUCGCUAUAAGCACAUUCCUGAAAAUCGAGGCAAGGAUUGGCAGCCUUAAACCAACACUCACCUCUCUUACCGGCACCCAGAGCUUUGAAACAUGACUGAAGGGGCUUGAACCUUCACUUUGGUUAUCUGAACGUCAGGUACCGCAUGGACCAGUAUUGUGGAUUGGAGUCUUAUGAAAGUUCUCACAAAUCAGAUUUCUUCACUUCGGCGUUAUUAUGUGAAUUUAUUGUGAGAUUCUGAUGGAGGUUUAAAAGCAGAGCAGAUGGGCUCCUCUUGGGAAAGCGUCUCUUAUGAGGUGAGGUUUGGGUGGUGCGGAGGGCCAGAGCAUCGUUGUACCGCAUGAUCGUCUUUGGAGGUUUUCUUAGCCUCUUAUAUUGUAUGUUCUGUUCUUUCUUCCUGUGCCAACACCACCAAGCCAAAGAACAGACGAAGAUCUGCCCUGGCAGUUUUUCUUUUUUUUGGUUAAUCCGGAAUUAAAAGACUUUGAUAUAAAACCCUCAAAAUGAGAAUUAAGGAGAGUCGUACCAAAGAAUAAUAUUUUGCCACCUGCGUUUUUAUGUUAGGAUAUCAAGCAGGGAAAAUGAGUUCUAGAUUAGCGUGUGUGUCUUGAUAGUCACUCGAUUGAACUCAGAUUCCACCUCACACACACUCCAGGGUUUUAUUCUGCAUGGUGAUUUCUAAUUGGAUAUUUUUAUUCUUUAAAGUGCCCCAACUGUACAACCAACUUUAGGGCACAUCAGUAUUGCAAAAGGUUAGGGCUGUUGUUCAAACCUUACACAGAAAUUAAGUUAUUUUGUCUUCUCAUAGUUUUGCACUUUAAUAUCAGCCAAUGAACUGAUGUAUAUAAAACUACAUCAACUACAGGUGAUGUUCCUCAACAGAAGUGUACGUCUUUAUCUUGUAGCAGACGUUUGGUCUUUAAAGGAUUACUCCACUUUGAUUAAAAAAGUCCUGAUCAUUUUCUUACCCCCAUGUCAUCCAAGAUGUUAAUGUCUUUUCUUGUUCAUUUGAGAAAAAAGUACAUGUUUUUUUUUUUUUGUUGAGGAAAACACUUAGAUUUUUCCAAGACUUUAUUGCCCCCCAACAGUUCAGUUUCAAUUCAGUUUAAUUGGAGCUCUAAACGAUCCCAGUCGAGGCAUAAGGGUCUUAUCGAGCGAAACAUCGUCAUUUUCGGAAAGAAAAAUAAAAAAUAUGCACUUUUAUUCCACAACUUGUCUUGCACUAGCCGUGUGAAGUGCCGGUGCGACCUUACGCAUUACGCAAUCACUUCACGCAUUACAUUUGCCCACCAUUUUAAACAAUAAACUGACAUUAAUUUGUUUCAUUUCACAUAAAACAACGUCUGAACGCUCCUCUUUCUUAAGGAGCCCCUAAGGGGACAUUGAAAAAAAAAUUAAAGUUUAGAUUCGCUUGCACACUUGAAACUAUUGCGAUAGUUUAACGUGCGCACAUGAAACUAAACAUUAGAUUUUUUUACUCCAAUGUCACCUUUUUUCACCUGUGACGGUAGUUUCGCAUACGUUAUGCAUGACCUUUCGACGUGAUUACGUAAUACGUAAGGUCACGCUGGGGCAUCACCCGGCUAGUGCAAGAUGAGGAGUUGUGGUUUAAAAAAAAACGUAGUUUUUACUUUUCUUGCCGAAAUUGACGAUUGUUUCGGUAGAUAAGACCCUUGUGCCUCGGUUGGGAUUGUUUAGAGCACUUUGAAUCUGCGUUAAAUCUAUAAACUGUUGAGGUCCAAAAAAAGUGUAUUAAAUUAAGAAAAAUCUUGGAAUGUUUUCCUCAAAAAACUCAAUUUCUUCUCAACAGAACAAAGAAAGACAUAAACACUUUGGACGACAGAUUUUUUUUAUGAAAGUGGAGUAUUCCUUUAAAGUCAGAUUCUGCAGGUUCGGUGGUAUUUUUCCUGUAAAUUUAUUGCAUGCGUGCUUUGUACGUUUGUAGUAUUUCUUUGUUUGCAGUUUGUUUUUUUAUAUAUAUAUAUAUAAAUUAGUGUUAUCCUAUUCUCUAGUGCAGAAGAUCUUGUUAUUUUAUUUUAUGCAAGAGCUUUUGAAACAUCUGCCUCUUCGCUGAGCUCAGCGUUUUCUCUUGUGUUUCACGUGUUUUGGCUUCAGUGGAUGACAGAAGUUAGUUAAGACUUCAUUGCUCUUCAUGGUUCCUGCUUUACAUCUUGUGCAAAUCGUUUCCAUCAUUAUGUAUCUGACACUUUGGCAAACGUGACCUUGGGUUUGAAUAAAUUUGAAAAGCGUGUCGUGCUGUUUUAUGACACACUUAACCAAAGAAACACUAAUGUUUACCUAAUGUACCACAGCCAAGCACAUCUGCUGUCUUUACAAAUGUGCAUUACACUAUUUACACUUUUCUCUUUCUGCAGUCGAUUUGUAUACAACUGUAUUGUUUUAUAAGCAGUCAGUUCUCACACUAGUGCAUUUGACUUCAUUUAAGGUAAAUUUGACAGUCUAGAGUGCCUUACAAAGCAUUUAAUUGUUUGCCUUUAAUAUUGAGUUAUUUUAAGCAUUUAUUCUGAAGCCAAGAUAUCCCGUGAAUGGAGGUGCUUUUUUAAGAUGCGAAUCACGGGAUGAACUAUAAAAAUACAGCCAUUGAAACAGUAACGCAUGUCUAGAGAAUUGUGCAUUUUGUUUAUUCUGCUUUAAGGCACCAAGCUGCUGUUUUCAGGUUGAAGGGAAGACCUGUAUUUUCAGAUAAGUUAUUUUUUAUUGUAUUCAAGAGUCUAACCACAUAACCAUUAGCUGCCGAAGAAACACUUUGCAUUAAAUGACCUUUUUUUACAGAAAAGGAUGACCUUGUGUCACAUUGCUUUUAAAAUCAAUAACAAAAGCUGAUAUCAGCAGAUAAAGGGCUUCAUGCUCUUUGACAUCACUAUGUUGUAUUGUUUUUUCUGUGGCAUGUUAUGUGAUUCUCAUUGAAUUUUGCAAUAAUGAUUAAAGUAGUAAAGUAUAUGUUAUGCUUU